UUAGGUUCGGAUCGGGUCAAAGGGUGAGUUCCGGGUUGGCUCCCGCAGCGUCUUCCUUCCCCUCGCGAAGCCAUCUCCUCGCCCUUCCGCGAAAUCGAGCGCCUUGACUAUCUUCGCAGCCCGUAUCGAGCAACUGUUGACGAUCUUCACACCCGUAAGUGUCUCACCCGCGACACUUCUUCUUCCUUCCACUGCAGGUCACGAUCUAAGUAUUUCGCAAGUCUCGGCUGCGACACAUAUAGCGGCCUUUCCAGAAAUGGAGUCAGAUUGGUCAACCUCAUCAGAAUCUCGUCUGAAUGACAAGAAAUAUAUUAAGGAACUAGAAAAGGAGCUAAAGAACUGCUCUCUUGAAAUAGGAUACCUUCAGGAUCAGUUAGGAUUGCGUAGCAUUGAGGCAAAUUGUAUGGGUGAGAAUGUUCACAGCUUAGAACUGAAGCUUGCAGGGGUGGGAAUGUUGAAGGAUAAACUAAGGCUAUUGACUGAGGAACUUGUGCAGUCUGAUGAAAAAUGCCUUCAAUUGACACAGGAAAUAAAAAGCAAAGACGAUGAUUUCAAAAAUUAUGCAAUGCAGAUGGAGGAGCUUGAAGCCGCCAUAUCAUCUGCUGCUUUGGAAUCUCAAUGUGAGAUAGAGAGUCUGCGACUUGAUAUGAUAGAUUUGGAGGAGAGAUGCUUUCAAGCUGAAAGUUUGAACCAGCAGAUGGUUCAAGACAAAGCUAAGAUGUAUGAACUCUUGAAGGAAUAUGAAAUUCAGCUACAUGAAUCACAGGAUACCAUUAGCUUUCUUGAGAUGGAAAAUAAUCGGUUAAAAAUAAAAUUAGAGGUAUCUGAGAGAAAAUUUAAAGGAUUGCAUUGUAAAGUUGAAGCGCACCUAUAUAACUGCUUCAAGGAAAUUAGCAGGACAAGUUCUAGCAUUCAUGGAGAGUCUCAUGAUAACUUAUCUUCUGGACUAAAAGAGAAGCAUUCUUCAUUAAGUAGAAUUUGCCCUUGUGAGGAGGUUUUGUGCCCGUUGGUUUCAAAACUUUCUCUCAUAACAGCCUGGGACGAGAAUGUGAAGGAUGAGAUGCGGAAGAUGGCAAAUGAAAUACAAGAAUCUGAGAUUCUUGUUGAGAAGCUCAAGGAAGAACUGAAGGAAGAAAAAUUGAAGGCAAAGGAAGAAGCAGAAGAUCUUAUUCAAGCGAUGGCUGAAUUGAGGUAUGAAAUCACAGGCAUGCUUGAGGAUGAGUGUAAACGCCGGGCAUCUAUUGAACAAGCCUCUCUUAGACGAAUCCAAGAUUUAGAGGAGCAGGUACGGAAGGAGCGAAAAAAAUCCCUUUCAGUUAUAAGUUUGGUACGAGAAGUGCAUAAAUUAUCUGAGACGCAAUGCAAUGAAGUUCAAGUAUCUGAGACACAACAACAUGAAGCUCAUCGCUUAAGAAGGUUACUAGAGAUAUGUUUUACUUAGAGCAAGUUGUAUGAUAAUUUUAAAGACAUCUUUGGAACCAAAAGCAACCAAAGUUAUGCUAGGAUCAGGGAGAUGAAUUAAGGAACACGGGCAGUAAAAUUUUAUGGCCGGCGAGCUGUUGUGGCCAAUGCCGGCGGUCGGCAGCUGGCGGGAGUCGACAAUGGCGUUGGUUUGCUCCUGUUAUCUUUCAUUUGCUCCUCUUUCUUCCUAAUCUUCAAUGAUAAUUUCAUUUACCCUUAUGAAUGCAUUUUCUAUCAUUUGUUUCAUAUGUUUAAAUCGCAUGAGUCUAUUUAUAUAAUAUCGUCUUAUUUUUACAAAUAUUUGGUCCGAAAUCCUAAUUUUAGGUGAAGUUAGCAAUCUCGACCAUUCAAUUCACAAUGUAUGGUUGAGAUUAAUUUUAUUUUUUCCAAACUCAAUUAUAAUUUUGAAAGAAAAUAAUGCAUGCCAUACAAAGUGAAUAGGAUGAAUGUGAUUUGUUACUUUUCUCUCGGAUUAUCAUAGUAAUUAAUAAUUGAACAAAUAACUUUUAAUAUAAUCAUUUCUCAUCUAUUUUUUUUUUUAAUUUUGUCAUGUAUUUAUCUUAAUAUUUUUCUUACUGUCACGAUCACUUGGCUAUUAAUAAUUUCUAACAACUCUGUACUUAGAUACAGCAUAUUAUUGGUUUAAGUAUAAUUUCCCAAUGUUGCCUUCUUAAUCUCCAUAUUAUUCUCUUACUAUAUAAUACUCUUUGAAAUAAUUCCGUAUUUUAAAUAUCUAAUAUUAACUCAAAAAAAAAUUAAAGGCUUUGAUAAAAAUUAAAUGCAAAGAACAUAAAAAGCUCAAAUUGUAGUCAAUAUGAGUCAAACUAAAACCCUUUACGUGACAUGUGCGUCCUCAAAAUUUUACAAUUCACUUAACCCUCGAGAAGUUUUUGUGUUGCAUUACAAAAUAAGCUUACUGAUAACACAAAAACAUCCUAUUAAGCUCUUGCUAAUGUUUACACUUUAAGGCUUCAUUUUGUUUGAGACGGUUUUUUUUUUCUGUUUUUUAAAAUAGAUUUUUAGUAAGUAAAUUUUCUAAACCUAAAAUAUUUUUAUACUAAAAAAUUGCUUUAUAAACAAAAAGGAAGUUAUUCCAAAUGAAAUAUAAGAUGGCUUAAUUAAUCAUGGUUGCAAUUUUUAAGGCUUUGAUUUGCUUAACAUGCAUAUCCAUAUUUUGAAAAUCCUUGGUUGUUUCUCCUGCAGUAAUAUUUGCUCUAUUCCUCCUUGUUGUCCGUAACUGUUGAAUUUGG